CGCACCUUGCACCUGGGGCUGGGCUGAGAUGAAGACCCUGCAGGUCCUCUUCUUCUGGUUUCUCUUGGUGCUCUGGGCAAAGCCGGCCCCAUGCACUCCCCAGAGCUCCCGGGCUCCGGCCGGCUCUAGGACGUCCGAGGAAAUAUGGGACUACACAGAGCCACUGCCCAACGGGAAGCCCACCAAGAAAAAAGACGUGACGAUUCUGAGGGACGCACAAGGAGACGAGAGCAGCCUGGAGCAGCCGGCCAGAAACGACGAUGGGGAAAUGCCCACGUGCCUCCUGUGCGUCUGCCUCAGUGGGUCCGUGUACUGCGAGGAGACGGACAUCGAUGCCGUGCCCCCCCUGCCCAAGGAGACUUCAUACCUGUACGCCCGGUUCAACAAGAUCAAGAAGAUCACGGCCAAGGACUUUGCGGACAUCCCUAACCUGAGAAGACUCGAUUUCACGGGAAACCUGAUCGAAGACAUCGAGGACGGGGCCUUCUCCAGGCUCUCGCUGCUCGAGGAGCUCUCACUGGCCGAGAACCUGCUGGUCAAGCUCCCGGCACUGCCUUCUAAACUGACGCUGUUCAACGCGAGGCAGAACAAGCUCAAGAGCAAAGGAAUCAAAGCCAACACUUUCAAGAAGCUGAACAGUCUCUCCUACCUCUAUCUGGACCACAACGAACUCGAGACUGUGCCGCCGCAUCUGCCCGAGAGCCUGCGAGUCCUCCACCUCCAGUUUAACAACAUAGCCGACAUCACGGACGACACCUUCUGCAAAUCCAACGAUACGCGCUAUAUUCGGAGCCGCGUGGAGGAGAUCCGGCUGGAAGGCAACCCCAUCCUCCUGGCCAAGCACCCGAACAGCUUUAUCUGCCUGAAAAGGCUCCCCACGGGAACAUACUAUUAAGCAGGCCCGCAGAGCUGCCCGUGCCCGCUCAAGGGCAAAGGGAGCUGGCUGGCCUACCCCUCAGUUAAAGGGCCCUGGAGUCCAGGUUAACUAUUUGUGUAUAGCCCUUGGCAGCUUUCAGGCACUAAGAUCAGUUGUCUUUGUCCUGUUUUUAAGCUAAAAUAGUUAGAAAACUUUAUAUCUCCUUUAUGUUUUGAGUUCAAAAGGUAAAAUAAUGUGAAUAAUCUUAGACUAGUCGAUAUGAGUAUCACCACUUCCCUCACCUGGUUCCCAGAAUGAUGCUGGGCGCGCUGUGACGUGUCUUGGUAUCCGUGUCUAAAGCUGGGGCACCUUCUUCUUCUCCUCACCAGGACUCUGUAAGUGUUUGCAGAAGCCCAGGACCAUCUCUCUGAGGUCUGUCUCUCUUGUGCUUGCCUGACGCCCUAAAGCUUCUGUGCCUCAGUGAGGCCUCCAUGCCCUUGCCCUGGCUCAAAGGGAAAUACUUUCAGAGCUGAGUUUGCCUUAGGAGGCACCACAAAUUCUGCAAGCUGGACUGACGCCAGGGAGGCAGAGUUCUUAUUGUUUUAUGCCAUGAAAUAUGGGGGGUCUGCCAUGACUCACAUGUUUGUACCAACCUUUCCACCUGGAUGCUCUCGGCCAACUUCCCCACCCUUCCCUUUGUGGGUGCAACCCAAUAAAAUGUACAUU